AGUUGCCUGAUAGUAAGUUGCAGUUUCAGAGCACAUGCAUAUUGUCAGGGCUGGCCCGCCUGGCGCGCGCCCUGCGCUCGGUCACUCCGUUGUACCUGCUGGGGAAUUCACCUUGUCAUUGCCUGGGGUGCCUUCCACCGCUUACAGGAUCCGAGAAGUUGUGUUCUCUAAGACCAAAGAGAUUUGGCUUUCUGGAGGCAAUUUGGAGACCCUGAAAUAGAAAGAAGAGACUCUCCUAGAAAAGUAAAAUAUGACGAAAAGCAAUGGAGAAGAGCCCAGGAUUGGGGGCAGGAUGGAGAGAUUCCAGCAAGGAGUCCGCAAGCGCACACUUUUGGCCAAGAAGAAAGUGCAGAACAUCACAAAGGAGGAUGUCAAAAAUUACCUGUUUCGGAAUGCUUUUGUGCUGCUCACAGUCACUGCUGUCAUUGUGGGUACAAUCCUUGGAUUUACCCUCCGACCAUACAAAAUGAGCUACAGGGAAAUUAAGUACUUCUCCUUUCCUGGGGAGCUUCUGAUGAGGAUGUUACAGAUGUUGGUCUUACCGCUCAUUAUCUCCAGUCUUGUCACAGGAAUGGCGGCCCUAGAUAGUAAGGCAUCAGGGAAGAUGGGCAUGCGAGCUGUAGUCUAUUACAUGACGACCACCAUCAUUGCUGUGGUGAUUGGCAUAAUCAUUGUCAUCAUCAUCCACCCUGGGAAGGGCACAAAGGAAAACAUGCACAGAGAAGGCAAAAUUGUGCAAGUGACCGCUGCAGAUGCCUUCCUGGAUCUAAUCAGGAAUAUGUUCCCUCCAAAUCUGGUGGAAGCCUGCUUUAAACAGUUUAAAACCAACUAUGAGAAGAGAAGCUUUAAAGUGCCCAUUCCGUCCAACGAAAGCCUCGUGAGUGCCGUGAUAAACAAUGUGUCAGAGGCCAUGGAGACCCUUUCCCGGAUCACAGAGGAGAUGGUCCCAGUUCCAGGAUCUGUGAAUGGGGUCAAUGCCCUGGGGCUGGUUGUCUUCUCCAUGUGUUUCGGUUUUGUGAUUGGAAACAUGAAGGAACAGGGGCAAGCCCUGAGAGACUUCUUUGAUUCUCUUAACGAAGCCAUCAUGAGAUUGGUAGCAGUGAUAAUGUGGUACGCCCCCCUGGGUAUCCUCUUCCUGAUCGCAGGGAAGAUUGUGGAGAUGGAAGACAUGGGGGUGAUCGGGGGGCAGCUGGCCAUGUAUACGGUGACCGUCAUCGUCGGCCUGCUCAUUCAUGCCGUCAUCGUCCUGCCUCUCCUCUACUUCCUGGUCACCCGGAAGAACCCUUGGGUUUUCAUUGGAGGGUUGCUGCAGGCACUCAUCACAGCUCUGGGAACCUCUUCAAGUUCUGCCACCCUGCCCAUCACCUUCAAGUGCCUGGAAGAGAACAAUGGUGUGGACAAACGCAUCACCAGAUUCGUGCUCCCUGUGGGGGCCACCAUUAACAUGGACGGGACCGCCCUCUAUGAAGCUUUGGCUGCUAUUUUCAUCGCUCAAGUUAACAACUUUGACCUGAACUUUGGACAGAUUAUUACAAUCAGCAUCACAGCCACAGCUGCGAGCAUCGGGGCGGCUGGGAUUCCUCAGGCUGGCCUGGUCACGAUGGUCAUUGUACUGACAUCUGUGGGCCUGCCCACUGACGACAUCACACUCAUCAUCGCAGUGGACUGGUUCCUGGACCGCCUCCGGACCACCACCAACGUGCUGGGUGACUCCCUGGGAGCUGGAAUUGUUGAGCACUUGUCAAGACAUGAGCUGAAGAACCAAGAUGUUGAAAUGGGUAACUCAGUGAUCGAAGAGAAUGAAAUGAAGAAACCAUACCAGCUGAUUGCCCAGGACAAUGACACUGAGAAACCCAUCGACAGUGAAAGCAAGAUGUAGACUAACACCAAGAAAUGCUGUCUUGAGCAUCAGGUGUUUGCAAACUGUUAAGAACCAUGUCCAUCUCAUCAUAGCUCACUGUCUCCGGUGAGCGCUUUCCCUCCUUUCUCCUCCCUACUCUGCUAGGAUUGGAAACUAUUCAUCCAAAAAUAAGGGAGGAUUUUGCAGUGGCCCAAAUGAAUUAUUUUCAUUUUCAUCCCAUACUUGAAAAUUUAAAAUCAUUUCAUCUUUGUCUUCCCUAAAAAGGUACUGGGAUCAAAAACAGUCUUGAUCAGAUCUUACCAAGGAAUGUGGCACAUCGUCCUAUAAAUGUGAUUGUCCUAGAAGUACCCUAAUAAGGUACUGGGAUCAAACAAAUAGUGAGCUAAAAUCAUUUUAAGUCAACUUGCAAAUUUUAAAAAACGUUUUGACUUUUAGUCUCAAAGUGUUAACAACUUGAGGAGCAGCAAUCAGUUGUGGCUUGGACAGUGGAAGGGCUUUUCCCCUUUCUCUUCUGACUUGCAUCCUCACUUUAGUAGUAGCAGGACAACUUAUAUCACACAGAGCACAGCUGUGAGGAGGAACAGAAAGUGAAGUUGCUGUGUGGCCUUGAGCAAGUCACAGCUCAUCUCUAGGGCCAAGUGUCCUCACCUAUAAAAUAGGUGACUCCCCUAGAUGCCUUUACAGUUCCUCCAGCCCACACCUCCUGUGACAUCAUGGAAGAACCUGACUUCUAUUUCCCCUUGGAAUAUCCUGCACCAGGUUCCAUUCCAUGGAGCAUGGAACUCUCAGAAAGGACACUUCAUGGGAGAGAACAUUUCUAUGUAGGGUCAGGAUGGCGUGUGGUUCACCCAGUCCUUUGUCCAAGAUGUCAGUUACACAAGUCACCAGGUAGGAGGCCAUUCCAGGAGUGGGAUUAUUCAUGAAACCGUUUGCCUAGUUCUUUCCAACAGAGGAAGUAUCCCUUCUCUUCUACUCUUCCCAAACAGAAGGGACUCCACUGGAAAGGAUAUCUCCCACCACAGAACAGACUCUUAGAACAUAAACAGAAGAGUAGUUACUAGCAACAGUGUUCUUGUGGUCUUACUAAAGAACACUAAAGAGCUAGGAAAGGACGGAGCAUGGUUGACACUAUAAAGAGGAUUUUUAACUCACCAAGAGUGUAGUUUCCUUUUCGGAAGAAUAAAAAAGAAGAGCUUCAUUUUGAUAUUUUUGUUUUGUUUUGUUUUUUGCCUGAAACAUUUUUUUCUCUUCAGUUCCAAAUCAUUUCCCAAAGAAAGGUAUACACAAAAAAAAAAAAAUAAAGUGACUUCUUACAAAUAUUAAAGAAGUCACAUGAGCUCAUUAGUGUGGGUCCAUGAGCUGGGUGGUGUCUCAUCUGAAAAUUUUAAUCAGAAGUUCUUAGAAGUAGGUAAGCAAGAUACUUCUUUGUGUUGGGAUUGCACUUGCCAAAUCAUUCAAAGCUUUCCCCUUGGAGUGGGGAUUGCUUUAGUUUUGUUUGUGUCCCUAGGAGAGAUGGUAGAAGAUGAAUUGGUGUGAAUAAUGUCAAUGAGGUCGCAAGAAAAGGGAGCAGGAGCUUUAGUUUCUGGCAAGGCAGCUCCCAGGUUUAGAGGAGAUUAAUUUUUACCCCCUAAGGAAUAUCCAGUCAAAGACACUCAGUGGGAGCUGUCAGACAGUACCAGCUGUGUUUGAGUUUCCGACAGAAAAUGAUGAAGAAUGGACUUAAUUACGCUAACCAACUGAAAAUCUAGACAUACAUCCUCUGAUAUACAAUUAGAGAUUUUUAUAGAGAUCCCAAGCAUUCUGCACAUAUAAAAGUUAACAUUAGGCUGUGGUGGAGUAAAACAUUUAAUGUCAAGGUUCUAUUUGAAAAAUACACUACAAAAGUUAAUGUACACGGCUGUCAUCUUAUGACACCAGUAGAGCAAAAAUUAAUCAUGUCAGAUUAAUUCUGUUAUACCGUGUGAUGUUUUUUAUACUAACCAUUUCUUAUGAAAGCAGGUCCCCUAGUGUGAUUCUCUUGCCAGCCCAUCACAGGCUCUGCAUAUCCAUGCACCCGGUAUGGAAUGGGAAGCAUUACUUUGUAGGAGUAUUUUCAAUAAAGAAAAAAAUAGUUUUACAUUAA